UCAGAUCCAACUACAACACCUUCUUCAACUAAGACACCAUCGCAAUCAACCACUAAUACAUCUACUUCAAACACUGCUCCACCAACUAAAACCACACCAGUUGCA